UUUACAUCCAGGAAGGGAUUGGUCAGUCACCUGUGCCAGGUACCCAGGGGACCCUGAGCCCAGCGGUAUAAAGGGCAGCCACGGGAGAAGCAGCACAGCCUCUCCCAGCCCCAGCAAGCCACCUGUCAGGCUGCCGUGAACUCAGACCCCGGAGAUGAAGGUCCUGCUCCUGGCUGUCAGCCUCAGCCUCAUUGCUGCCCUGCAGGCCCACCACCUCCUGGCCUCGGACGAGGAGAUUCAGGAUGUGUCAGGGACAUGGUAUCUAAAGGCCAUUAUGGUGGACUGGGAGCUUCCUGAGAUGAAUCUGGAAUCGGUGACACCCAUGACCCUCACGACCCUGGAAGGGGGCAACCUGGAAGCCAAGGUCACCAUGCUGAUAAGUGGCCAGUGCCAUGAGUUGAAGGUCAUUCUGGAGAAAACUGACGAGCCAGGAAAAUACACAGUUGACGGGGGCAAGCAUGUGAUGUACAUCAUCAGGUCGCACGUGAAGGACCACUACAUCCUCUACUGUGAGGACGAGCUGCACAGGAAGUCGAUCAGAGUGGUGGAGCUUGUGGGGAGAGACCCCGAGAACAACGCGGAAGCCUUGGAGGACUUUGAGAAGGCCGCAGGAGCCCGUGGGCUCAGCACAGAGAGCAUCUUCAUCCCCAGGCAGAGCGAAACCUGCUCUCCAGGGAGCGAUUAGGGUGUAGGCAGAACCAGAAUCCCGACCGCAUCGCUGUCCUUCCCACAUCCUCCCGCUGGUCUGCAGCCACCCGACGCCUCUUCACUCAGCAGGGAGCUCUGUGGGCAGCCUGCGGGGGGGUCCCUGCACCAUCUGCUCCAAUCUGGAGGCUGGAGCCCCCACCUGCAGCCCCCGAAAGCUCAGUAUGUGCCCCCCCACACCAUAGCCACCGAGGGCCGGGCAUGUAACCCCCACCAUAGCCCCCAAGAGCCCACAUGUGUCCCCCACACCAUAGCCCCUGAGAGCCCUGCGUGUGCCCCCACACCCUAGCCCCUGAGAACAUGCAUGUGCCCCCCAAACAAUAGCCCCUGAGAGCCCGCAUGUGCCUCUGCCCGGCAGUCCCCUAGAGCCCACAUGUGCACCCCACACCAUAGCCCCUGAGAGCCUGGCAUGUCCCCCCAC